UUUUUUAGACGUUCAACAAGUAACAGUGAUACUUCCGUUCCACGAUGAAAAGUUUACUUUUAAUAAUAGCAAUUAGUGCCAUUUUUUUAAAAGAAUCAUUCGGCAAACCGACGGAAAAUGUUACUAAUUCUGAUGUGUUAGAUCCCGUUACUUCGAUUGUAAACGAAACAUCCGAAAUUGAAGUCACGAGAGAGCAAAGAUCGCCGCAAUUCGGUUUGUUAGGUGGUUAUAGUGAUUAUGAUUACAAUGAUGACACGCGCUAUUUCCGUUACGGAAGCAAACGAAAGUAUCAUCACUAUAAACCUCUUCAUCACCAUAAGCCACAUGGUUUAAUUGGAGGACAUGGUUAUGGCUGUCGUGGUUAUGGCUGUGGCUACGGAGGAUGGCAACCGGACUACGGCGGCCAUCACCAUACCGGACAAGGCGCGUCUUUUGCCUCAGCAUCAGCAGGAUCUAUAGGUGGAGGUGGUCCUUAUGGCGGAGGACACAACCAGGCGAAUGCACAGAGCGCGAGUUUUAACAUCGGGCCUUUCUCAGCCUCAUUCAGCGCUGCUCAAUCCUCGUCGGGACAAAACGGAUUCUGAAUCCUUGAAACGAUCCCGGGAGCAGCUACGCGGAUCCACCCCUAAUUUAUUUCAGCAUCAUCGUCUCUCCGCCAUCAUUGUGGGCCCAUUGUUUACAAACAUUCUACGUCACUCACUAGGAGCAAGUAAAUAAGCCUAACCGCGUGCGCGAGCCACCCUCUUGCCU